AAUACUUCGAAAAAAGAGCUCACCAAUUUACCCCGACUUUUUAUGGUCUCAAUAACUCAAAUAAAACCCGUUUAAUCACACAGAUACUCAUUCUCUCUCUGCUUUCUGCUCUCUUCGUCUUCUCCAAGUAGCUAAAGCUUCUGGUUCUGCUGGUCAUCAUUCAUCAAUGGCUAUUUUGGUUGUGUCUAUGCUCAUAUUAUCUAUGGCUGCUCAUUCAAGUGGAAACUGGUGUGUGUGUAAGAAAGGUGGACAAGAUAAGGUGCUUCAGCAAGCGAUAGACUACGCAUGUGGAAAUGGAGCAGACUGCACUCAAACUCAUGAUGGUGGCAAAUGUUUCAAUCCGGACACGGUGAUGGACCACUGUAACUAUGCGGUUAACAGCUAUUUCCAAAACAAAAAUCAGGCCCCUGGUUCAUGUGAUUUCUCCGGUGCAGCUAUGGUGGUCACCGCCGAUCCAAGUUCCAAUGGAUGUACUUUUCCUACUUCUGCCAGUGGUACAACUGGAUCAACAACCAACACAAGAUCACCGGGUUCCACCUCCACUUCCCCGUACGGAAACAACCCAUCUGGCGUAUUAGGUGGCGGAAUGGGAGGAGGGUUGGGCCCAUCUGCGUCCAGCAUGGACACAGAUGUCAGCCACGGUGGACGUCAAGAAACCAACAUUUUUGGUUUCUUUGCUAUCAUCGUAGGUGUGGGAGCUUUUAUGCUUACUUGGGGUUGAUGAAAAAGAAUGGUACUACAAUUAUUCUAUUUAUGGAAAAUAUUAGACAGACAAUCAUGGAGUUUUGUGUUACUUUUCUGGUGGCGUCAUGGUGUCUAGUUUAAUCCCGAAUUUAGGUAGAGAGUACGUAAGAUGUAGUUUAGUAUUUUAUUAAUAGUUAAGAGUUUGUUUUUAAAUUUAUUGUUUCUAAUUUGUACCACAAAUGUUGCUGAUGGAGUGACAGUGAUUGCUUCACCUA